UGUCACUCAGCUCUUUUUUCUCUUCAGUCCACAGUCAUCGUCACCAAAUCUCCAUAGCCAAAAAUCCUUCCUGUCUCUCUUUCCCUCUUAUUUAUAAUCCCUUUCUUUCCUCCCAAAUGUUCUCUCAAACCCAAUCCCAUUUCCUUUCAUUUCCUUCCAAAUCCCUUCCUUUCUAUCCUCCUCUCUUCCCCAACAAAAGCCCUUUCCUUUCAUUCCCUCCUUUCAAAACCCCCACCAUUUCUCUCCCAACAAAAUCCAUGAUUUCCAACUCCAAACUCUCUAAUCACAUCGACCCAUUGUUGUUGAACGACACCCAACUCGACCGUUUUGCGGAAGUGGGCAAUAAGCUAGCUGAUGCCGCUGGCGAAGUCAUCCGCGGUUACUUUAGGAAGAAAUUCGAGAUUCUUGAUAAAGAAGAUUUGAGUCCAGUGACGAUUGCUGAUCAAGCUGCUGAAGAAUCUAUGGUUUCGAUUAUAUUGGAGAAUUUUCCUUCUCAUGCUGUUUAUGGAGAAGAAAAAGGAUGGAGGUGUAAAGAGGAAUCUGCAGAUUAUGUUUGGGUUUUAGACCCUAUAGAUGGCACAAAAAGUUUCAUAACUGGAAAACCAGUGUUUGGUACUCUCAUUGCUUUGUUGAAGAAAGGUAAACCUAUUCUUGGUAUAAUUGAUCAGCCUGUCCUUAGAGAAAGAUGGAUCGGAAUAAGUGGAAGGAUAACUACAUUGAAUGGACAAGAAGUGGCUACACGAGCUUGUACAGAACUGUCACGAGCAUAUUUGUACACCACAAGUCCACAUCUGUUCAGCGGAGAUGCUAAUGAGGCAUUUGCCCGUGUUAGAGAUAAGGUCAAAGUGCCGCUAUAUGGCUGUGACUGCUACGCUUAUGCCCUCUUGGCUUCCGGUUAUGUGGAUCUUGUCGUUGAGUCCGGCCUCCGGCCAUACGAUUUCCUUGCACUUAUACCUGUUAUAGAAGGUGCUGGGGGUGCUAUUACUGACUGGAAAGGCAAUCAUCUUCAUUGGGAAGCUUCUUCAACUUCACGUGCAACAAGCUUUAAUGUAGUGGCAGCUGGAGAUAAACAAAUUCAUCAACAAGCUUUAGAUGCUUUGCAAUGGCAGUGAAAGAUUUUACUGUUUGUUUUAAAACCCUAACAUCCAUACAAAUGAAUCCCAACAAGUAUGCUUCAAUACAUUACGAGAAGAUUCAGGUUUCAGUGUCCGAGUUUGACGAUAAAUGGCGUGUUAUUUGUCCUGUUGAUGAGUUCGACCAGGUCGAAAACGGAGAGAAUCUAAUGGAUGUGGAUGUUUUCGGGUUGGUGGACUCGAAAAUGGUGGAAGUGGUGUUGAAAAUGGAUGCUGUGGUCUGUUUACAAGCUAAGUAUAUGCAGAAACAUUGGCAAAUGUUAGAAGUUGAUUGUGGGGUUGUCGUAGUUCAGCCGAGGAUGAACACGACGGUGGGUCGAUCCAAUCGGUGUAACGUUCGUCUCUGGUGAAUUGUUCAUUGCUUAGUAGCGUUCUUGUUUCCUUGUUAUAGAUUGUAAUGCAAGCAACUUACAGUGGUACUAAUUGUUAUGGAUGGAUUUUGUAAGGGUUAACAGUGGUUUAUAUAAUGAAACGGGCAUUUAUCUAUCACCGCCCGCUGAUCAAUUAGGUACU